CUUGUAGCUUGAUACCGUUCUUACCUAUCAGCGAGCUCUUCUCGACUAGUUUUUACUCAGAUCCUCUGCGCCUCGUCUGCUUGGUUCAUUGCCUUUACCGAUUGCGCGGAACAGCACCAUCUCAUACUGCCAAGAUCAGCUGCUUGUCUCAUCGCUCACCUGUUCUCGCGCGUCGGUCUGUCGGAAACAACUACCAAUUUAUCCAUUCGCAGCUUUGAUUCUACCGGCAUCUGGUUGCCUCUACUUUCACAAUGGAUACUCUUCUUACUGCAGAUGUCAUGGCCAGUUCGCCGAACUGGAAGCGCAGGUCGAGCACUUUCGUCGAUGCUAUCCAUGAUUUGCCUGAAAAGGAAAGCAUGGCUCCUGCCCAACUCUACAGCACCGAGUCUGGUCGUCUGUUUCACUCCGGCAGAAUGGUCAUUGCUACGGUAGGACUGCCAGCUCGUGGCAAGACUCACACCUCAGUCGCUCUAGCCAGAUAUCUGCGGUGGCUUGGUGUUAAGACCCGCAUAUUCCAUCUUGGUGAUUACAGGAGAGCGACCAUGGGCGAUGGCAAGGAUGUCCCGGAUGAUUACUUCUUCAUCAAUGCUUCGCCUUCCUCCGUACUACUCCGCCAGAAGAUUCUCCGAAAAUGCAGAGAGGACAUUUACAGCUUCCUUGAACACGAGAAUGGCCAGAUUGCCAUCUAUGACGCUGUCAACCCUUCUGCUGCUGGCCGUAUCUCCCUUGCCAAAGAAUUCUCAAAGCAUAACGUGCAGACACUUUUCAUUGAGUCGCAUUGUACAGACGAGAAGAUCAUUGAGGAGAAUGUUCGCAGCGUCAAGAUUUCCUCUCCCGACUACCAAGGUUGGUCUGACAAGGACGCUGUCAAAGACUACCUGGCCAGAAUCAAUGCUCGCAUUCCUCAUUUUGAGUCCAUGGAAGAAGCAGAGCUACACUACGUGAAAAUGAUCAACGCUGGAGAACGCGUGAUUGUGAACAAUUGUGCUUUCAACUACCUAUCACAGCGCAUUGUCUUCUAUCUUCUGAAUCUCCAUACCAAACACAGAUCGGUCUACUUCGCUAGAGCCGGUACCACAAGAGAUGAAGACUCUUACAAAGCUGACGCUCCACUCUCUGAGGAUGGUGUUGCUUACUCAGAGAAAAUGAGCGAUGCGCUUAUCAACCACAGAGAGGACGAACGCAAGCAGCUAAUUGGAAGAGGCGGUCCUGACUUGCCGCUUAAGCCUCUCACAAUCUGGACUUCAACCAGAAGACGUACAGUUGAGACGUCUCACUACUUGGAGAGCCUUGGAUAUCGUGUGAAGCAGCGCCCUCAGAUGAGCCAGUUGAACCCUGGUGUCUGCGAGAAGAUGUCCGAAGAUAAGAUCAGAGAACAAUAUCCCGAAGAAGUGCGCAAGCAUGAGCUUGACCCUUACCACCAUCGUUACCCUCGUGCGGAGUCUUACCAUGAUCUUGCGGUUCGCUUAGAGCCUAUCAUCUUGGAGCUGGAACGUGAGCAAGAUGACCUUCUGAUUGUUGCCCAUGAAAGUGUACUACGGGUACUUUACGGCUAUCUGAUGGCUUGCGGUGCGCGCGACAUUCCGAAGUUGCAGUUCCCUCGUGACGAGAUUAUUGAGAUCGUCCCUGCCUCGUACAACAACGAAGCCAGACGUAUUCACGUCUCCGGCCUUCCGGCUCAGAUCAUUCCUGACAGUCCUGAGGACCUCAAACUUCCUGUCCCUCCUUCAGGCGCAAUCACGCCCUUCUCAGGACUUGGCACGCCUCAAGGCACAAGCACACCUGAAGCGAGAGAGGAAGAAGGAGCAAAGCCUGCACCGAUGGUCAGCGUGCAUCCUAGUAGAUAAGUCUCAGUGCGCUAGGACAAUCGUUUGAUUAGACCUUUCCCAUGGUCUCGUAGUAUAUAUUCGUUUCUUGUCGAUUUGUCUUCACAGGCGCAUCGACCGUGUUCGGGUUCUUGUACCAAACAGAACCACGCGAAGUGGCCUUGAAGCAAACAUUUUUCUUGACCAACAACCAUUAUGAUAGUCCAAAUACAGAACAGCGAACUUUGCGGAAAUUU